AUGGAUGAUGAGGGAUUCGAAUCUGCUUUUAUUGAAACCUUAAUAACUUAAUAAGAUAAGUAACCUACAUUCAUAUUCACUUCCCUUCCCACUCCCAAUCCCAUCGUGUACUAAUCAGACUAUCGAGGAGUGCCAAACGACAUAAAAGAUAUCGAAAAAACAUAUAAAUGUGUUUAUAAGAAAUAAUAUGGAUCAAAAGUGAGUAAUCGACAUUUUAAAUAAUUAAAUCUCAAUGACUUACAAACGCCUACAAUCACUCAAACUCAACAGAUGCCCCUAUUUGAUUCCAAUUUCGCCUGUGGAAAUCUGGCUGCAGUUCAUUAAGUCGAUACAUUUGAAUAUGAUUUACUUCUCCAAGAAGACAUCAACACUACCAGCUAUUCUCAAUGGUUUUACUUCCGAGUAACCAAUCCCAACGACUAUAAAUAUAGAAUAAACAUCAUUAAUUUGAGCAAGAAUUAUUUACAGUACCAAAAUGGUUUCGGAGUCUAUAUUAAAUGCGAUUCUCAUUGGGAAAUACUGAAAUCCCAAGUAUUGAUCAAACAAUCCUAAUAUGUCAAAUCCAAUUUCUGUUAUACCACUUCUACUAAGUUAUAUACGCUAUCCUUCUGGAUAAAAAAGUCAUCAAAGACCUUUGAGAUAGCUCUUGGCAUCCCUUACACUCACCUUGAUUUGGAUAGAUACUUGCUCAGGUUUUAAUCAGAAAUCCUAACGAAUACUAUUUCUGGAUUGCCUGUAAGAAUGGUGUAAUUUGGAUCUAAAAGAAGUGAUGUUAUUUUAGUAAUUGCACGUUAGCAUCCUGGAGAGACUGUUUCUUCUCAUGUUUGUUAAGGCUUUCUUGACGCACUUUCAAAUGACAAAACACUCCAACUAUUUUAUAAUAUUAUCGUUAUUCCCAUGGUUAAUCCAGAUGGCGUCAAAUGGGGUAACUUUAGAUGCGAUUUAAGUGGGAAAGAUUUGAAUAGAGUCUGGUAAAACCCUAGAUCUAGAUUUCAUUAAUAAAUUAUUCACAUCAGAAAUCUCAUCUAGAAAAUAUUGGAUGAAGGCAGAGAUAUCAAAACAUUUAUUGAUUUGCAUGGUCAUUCUAGAAAACUUGGUACUUUUAUGUAUGCAUGCAGAAACACUGAUGAUCCUAUCGAAUGUCGAGUUCUCCCCAUGAUCAUGGCUGAAAAUUCUCGAUAUUUCGAUUUCAAUUCAUGUACCUUUAAUUUGAAAUCCUACAAACUGAAAACUGCAAGAGCUUUUGUUUAUAAUUAAAUGUAAAAGCAUAAUCCUAACAGUUUUCAUAAUAUUGUUACUCUUGAAACAUCUUUUUUUGGUUAUAAAUCAGACAACAAAUUUAUCUAAUAUUCUUAAUCUGAUUUAACACAGAUUGGAAAGGAUUUGCAUCAAUCUUUAAAAGUUUACUAUAUGUAAUUGGAUUAAAAAACCAAGAUAUUGAAAGAACUUGAAUUAAAGAAAUAGUAUUAUCAAUAACUAGAUGAGAAUUAAGCCUCAGAUGAUAGUGACUCAGAGGCAGAAAUAGGAAUAGUUCAAGAUGAAGAGGUUCCACCAUAAACAAUAUUUGCUAACAAAUCCGUCAGAUUGCUUCAAGAUACGCCUAAGACUAGUUUGUUGAAAAAGAGAAAUUUAAAAAAAGCCGUCGAUCCAUUUUUGGUUGGGUAAUGUGAAAAGAAAUACAACUUUCACAAAUUGACUAGACGGGAAAGCAAAUCUUAAAAGACCAUAAAUCAAACUCUUUCUAUUUAAUAAGCUUAAUCCCCAAGUCUAAAAAAUUUAAACAAAAUCAGCAGAAACCUAUCAUCGCAUAAUAAAGAUCAUAUUCAUAUGCAUUCAAGCAAUGUUGAUCAAAAUGAAAAUAUUUAAUCGUUUAGGAUAUAACGAUAAAACACAACAAGAACACCCAAAGAGUUCAAACUGAAAUCUGAAUAAAGAGUGCAAUUUCAUAGUCCCAAUGAUAAACUCAUAGUUUUCGAAUCAAAUUUGAAAAUAAAAAGAAAGAAUACCUAAAAUAUCAAAUUAUUUUGA